UUCAAAGCUUGAUUCCUUAUCGCACAGUCAAUGAACGAUCAUACGGUAAACAAGGGAGCUCCCAUUCAACUGGCGAAUCGAUCAGUUGCAUUCUGGCUACGAUUAGAUGAUGACCUGAUUUUUUUUAGCAAGUAGAUCACGUCGGCUUCAAAAUGCUACGGAUGAGUUCGUACGUCUUGUUGAGUGCUCUUCUGUUGGGAACAGUUCCCGCUGAAGUGAGUCAAUCGUUCAAUUCAGUGAAUAUCACAACUGUUGACCCUCUGAGAUAUCACGCUCUGCAAUUGUUCAACAACGAUCAUACCAGCAGAAAACGUCUUGCAAUCCGAAAAUGUUUUUCGCACAACUUUCUCUACCCGUUGAAAAUCUUUUCAACGGAGGAACCGUACUUCUGCGCGGCGGUUUUCAUCAGCCAGGACUCCCUGCUGACGACGGCUUUGUGCAUGAAGAUGAUGCAGCAUGGCGAGGAGCACCCGUCGAAUCAUAUGUUUGUCAUGGUGGAUCGUGAGGAGGUGUUCUUCUACGAGCAUGGGCGACGCUACGUCAGCAAGGUGUUUUUCCAUCCGAAGUUUGACGAUGAGCCGGCCUAUUACAACGUGGCGGUUGUCAAACUGCGAAACUCUGUCAGAUACGAUCGGGAUACCACUGGACGUAGCCACGUGGCAUGUCUCUACCCGAACAAGCACAUGAGGAACCCCCAAGCCAUUCUCGGCGAAUGGUAUGAAUUUCAACCGGAACAGAAUCCGUCCUUCCGUUGGCUGGAUCUACCCUUCAUCACCCGGAAGGAGUGCAACGCCGAGCUGGCCAAGAUGAAGCGACCCGUUCCGGAGCUGACUCGAGGCCUGCAGGAGUCUCAGCUGUGUGUUCGGGAUUCCCACAACGCAUCCCUUACCCGGUUCUGUGAUCCUCGUUCGUCGGGGCCGCUACUGAUGACACUGGGAAGCACCGUGUACGUGGUUGGACUCCCUACGGUGCACAUCGACGACUGCACAGUGGACAUUGAGGUGUUCAAUCGAGUGUCGCACUAUCUGGAUUGGAUCGAAUCGGUGGUGUGGCCCGGGCAGGAGUAGGGACGAGCGGUUUAUUCCCCUCAUUAAAAUAGAAUAAACUUUUGUUGUUGGGAGAAAUGCGAUUCGAGUUUUUUUUUUGUUGAAUGAUGUAUGACGAGCACUGAGAUUACCCUCAUCAAUGUAGAAUAUUUCGAAA